AUGUCUGACAAUAAGAAUUCUGAGGCUGAAGACGUAUUUGAAUUUUUAGAUUCUUUGCCAGAAGCUAAGAAUGGCGAAAAAAUGGACAAUGCUGACGCAAAUGGUAGCCAAGAAGACCUUAAGGGAGGUUCUAAUUCUGCGACGGGGAAGACCGGAAAUGACGGAAAGAAAGGUGACGACGAUAUCUUUGAAUUUUUAGAAGAGUUGGAGAAAAGUAACUUGAGUCUAACUGACAAGAAAAUGGUUGAAAAAAAGACCCUCAAUGAAUCAGCUAAUAAGGAAGCGCAAGACAAAGAGCUAGGAGAAUCAAAAGAAAACAAAAAGCCCGGACAGGAUGUUUAUACAAAGGAAAAGGAUUUAAAGCAGCAAGAAAAAGAAGAGGAAGAAGAAGAAGAAGAAGAAGAGGCCCCGUUGCAUGACCCAAUUGCUUCUAUUUCGAACUGGUGGUCCUCUUCUGGAUCUGCGAAGGUAACGAGUAUUUGGAAUAAAACUGCAGAGCAAGCUUCUCAGAUCAAGAACCGACUUGCCCAAGAACAGCUUGAUUUGUCUUCAAAGAUAAACGCGAACACGAUUACCGAAAUAGCUAGAAACUUACAGAAAAUCGUUGUUGGUGAAACUGAAGAGGUACUGCGAAUUCAUUUAGUGCAUGAUUUGGUUAACUACCCAUCACUACAAUAUAACAUUGAAAGCAAGUUUGAUCAAGUUUUAAGCUCACAAGUUGAAGGAGGGAUCAGAAUAUUUGUUGAUGAAUGGGGUCAUCCUAACAAUAACGGAAUCACGCCUAUGGAAAAAAAGCCUUCAGUUGUAGACGGUGAGGUAGGAAACUCUAAAAAAAAAUUGCAGUUCAAUUUAUUCGAUGGCAAGGUAACAGACGGCGAAAAACUGGCAUUUGCGAACUUGGAAAAUGCUGUCAAGCUUUUCAAUACCGCACAUGAAGAGUACCAGAAACAACAGAAGGAGGCUGAUGUUGCCCAAGAUGAUGAUAGGAGUUCUAUUAGCAGUAACGGCAAUAAAAUCAGUGAUUUGUUCAUAUCUAUCUUACCAAUUGCUAUUCCACAAAAACAACAAGAUGUCGACGAUGACUUUCAAAUAACCGACUCCAAUACACCAGGCAAUUUUAAUUUCACCCUUGUAUUGAAGGACAUAACUAACGACAUCACUACCAUAACAAGAUCACAAGGUUUCCCAGUCAAAUGGGUCAAUUGGCUAGAGGGGUCCGUGGAGAAAGCAGGAUCGACAGCCGGUGAGGAGGGAAAAAAAUCCGGCGACGACAAGAAACAAAAGGAAAGCGGAGACGAAGAUGAUGACGAUGAGAUCAUUGAUCCUAGUGAGUGGGUAAAGGAAUGGAUUGAAGAUGGACUAAGCUUAUCAUUUGGGGUCAUGGCCCAAAAUUACGUCAUUGAUCGUAUGGGUCUUUGA